AUGGUCUUCCGACGCGCGGCCGCGCCCCUGUGGAGCAGCCAGGUGAAGGUCUUCGUGUCGGACUGUGACUACACCCUCUGGGAGGGAGCAAUCUCGGAGGAGGGCCUGCAGGUGGAAAUCUCUGGGCCCUACCUGGAGCUGCAGAGGAAGCUGUCUGAGCUCCAACAGUCGGGUCGACUCGUUUGCUUGGCAUCCCGGAACUCCUCCAGUGAGCAGAUCGAGGGACUGCUGAAGGAACGCGCCGCUGAGUGCGCGCUGAUGUGGGAUCAGGUGGUGGCCGCCGAGGUGCACCCUGGCGCGAAGCCGGAGAGCCUCCGCCGGCUCUCGGAAGCCUUGGACCUGCCCCUGGAGGCGUUCGUCUUCAUUGACGACAACAGCUUUGCAACCUGUCCACACCACUAA